AUGGCUUUCAAGUCUACUCUCGCACUUGCUGGUGCUUUCGCCAGCACAGCACUGGCCCACGGGACUGUCACCGGAUUCGUGACUGACGGCACCUACAACCAGGGAUUUCUGCUCGACUACUAUUACCAGAAGGCCAACUCGGGCUCGUUUCCUGAUAUUGCUGCGUGGUAUGCCGAGAACCUCGAUAACGGUUUUGUGGCUCCUGACGCCUAUGGAACCGCAGACAUCAAUUGCCACAAGAACGCUGAGAACGCUGCUUUGACAAGCUCCGUCGCCGCCGGUGGCACUGUCGACUUCCAGUGGAGCACCUGGCCCCAUGGAAUUGGCCCUGUCCUGACCUACGUUGCCGCUUGCAACGGUGAAUGCUCAUCGGUUGAUAAGACGACCCUCAAAUGGGUUAAGAUCGAUGAAUCUGGUUACGACACAUCUACUUCAACCUGGGCUGCCCAGGCCCUGAUCGACAACAACAAUACCUGGACCACCACUGUUCCUUCAACUCUUGCUGCUGGCAACUACGUAUUCCGCCACGAGAUCAUCGCGCUCCACGGAGCCGGGUCUGCGAAUGGCGCCCAGAACUACCCACAGUGCUUCAACAUUGCAAUCACAGGUUCUGGUACCGACAGCCCCUCUGGCACCCUCGGCACUGAGCUGUACUCCGCUGACGACGCCGGUAUCCUGUUCAACCCUUACGGCACCAUCACUUCUUAUACCAUCCCUGGCCCUGCUCUGUACGGAUCCGGCUCUGGUUCCGGCUCAGGAUCUUCGCCCACAACCACGGCGGCUUCCACCACCAAGGCCGCUACCACAAGCGCUCCAGCUGUGACCCAGGAAGCUUCAACUUCAUCGGCUGCUGCGCCGGCUACGACCUCCGCUGCUCCUUCCGAAGGCGAAGACGACUCAGAAGAUGACUCAUGCGAGGCCGAGGAAACCACAACAGCCGCUGCUACCUUUGUGCCCACUACGCUGGUCACUCGCACGAGCACUGCCCAAGCCUCUACGGCGCCAACCUCUGGUUCUAGCACGGGAGUCGCCCUUUAUGGACAGUGUGGCGGAACUGGCUAUACUGGAAGCACCACCUGCUCUGCUGGUACAUGCACAGUCAUGAACAGCUACUACUCCCAGUGUAUUUAA